UGUCACUUGAGCAUAUGACAUACAUGGAUUUUGACAGCAGCCAUUGACAUUGACACCAUAUAAAUAGUGAGGUGGUACCAUAGGUGGUGGUUCAUGAUUAGUUAAAGGUGAUAAGGAGUUAUUGGAGUAAUUCAAAGUUAAUAAUUCAAAAUGGGGGAUAUAAAUUUAUCAGAGAUGAAGGCAACGUAUUAUCCACCAAAAAUUCAGCCAGGCUUCAUGGGGGCUCACGCGCCAAUAAAACAAGGAUAUGGCUCAAUAUAUGGUUCUGGAAAUAUCAGCUAUUUUCAAAACUUUCGUAAUGAGAAUAUAUCUAGAAUGCAGAUGCCCCCAGAUGAGUGGGGGAUAAUGUCAACUCCCUAUACACCCAGACCAGACAUUGCCGUUUUGGGCUCUACAAGAGCCAACAGGCAUUUGAAACUACCCAGCACAAAAAUUUCCAUGUGCGAUCCUCAAAGACAAAAGGAGGUUGAUGAGUUCUACAUAGCAUGUCAGUUUCACAGGGACCAAUAUAAGGAUCACUCCCAUAAACUACACCCCUUAGAUUACUUUAAAAAGGCUGAAUAUAUGUAUCAAUGUCCACCUGAUCCCACAAGUAUCUAUUUGAAGAACCCAGAACACUAUGUGAAGUACAAACAACCCUAUGUAUUUCCCCUUACCUUGGAACGUACCUUACGUACACCAAGUUUGCCACAUCGUGCCCUCACUGGAACAUACAAUGUCAGUAGCGAUAAUAGUUACAAAAGAUAAAUCAAUUUUCUUGAAUAUCCUGAUAUGUACCUAUAAGUUGCUAAAUGUAUCUCAAAUAAGUGAAAUAAAUUUCCCUAAUAAUU